UUGCGAGGGUUGGGAGGGGAUUGGGUGCUCUGCAAACUCUGAUUCCUCGGCUUUCAUCCGGUAAAUUGCUAAAUAAUUCAGGGCCCCUCGUAAAAGUACGGGUUGCGGUCUCCACUUGGCACCUCCGUUUCUACUUCUUCUUCUGCUUCCACUUGCACAGUGCGUUUUUAUCCGCUCGAGUGACUUUUGUGGCCCACUGUUUGUGCAGUCAAAUGUUUUAUGAGCAAUUGAACAGUUUAAUUGACUUUAAAUUGAGUUGCCUUCCACCGAAAAUUCAAAGUCAUGCUCACUACAAUGUCGAUUUAAUUGCUAGUUGCUUUUACCAAAAAUGUUAAGACAGCCAUUUUUUUGGUGGAACUACUCGAUGCCAGUUGCUAAAAAUUUACUAAAGUCAAAGCUAGAUUGUUUGUAUAUAUAACUAAUAUUUUUAAAAAGUGCUUCUAUUUAAAAUAUAUACAUAACAUAUACAAAUAGAGAAUUUCAUGAAUGCGUUGACCCAUUUUUUUUUUGGCAUCCUUUGCGCUGCAAAAUCAUUCAUCUUUGUCGUCUCACAUCGAAUUUAUCAAAGUCGUUGAUAAAAUAAUUUGACCAAUAUUGCAUAUGGAUGUGCACACACUUAUUGUGCAUAUACACAUCUAUGCAAAUGUAUGUGUAUGUAUGUACAUAUGUGGCUCAAAGGAGUCAACGAUCGGCGGUCAUUCAACUUUGGGCUUUUCACACUUGCCCGCACUCUUCUUUCGAUUUAAAGUGUCAAUUUUUUGUGGUGCUUUUUGCUUUUUGCUUUUGGCUUUCUGAUUUGAUUUUCGUACGCUAAUUCAAUUAGAUUUAUGUGCACCAUUUGACAUGCUCCCCCCCCUCUCGCUCGCACGCCGGUCACGCCAUCUCGCUCGCUCGUUCGCUCUUAUGCUCUCCGUUUGCAGUCGUAUGUUUAUUUAUUUCUGGACAUGUCGCUAAAUGGGUUUUCUUGUUUGUUCAAAAUCAGAUCAUGGCCAAUAAAUCAACACUCAAUUCGAUUUCGUGUGAGUGGGUGCUGUGCGGUUGUCAAGCAAAUUGAUUUGUCCAUUUCUUCGAGGGGUUAAACAAAUAGAAAUGCCAAUAGCAAUAGCAAUAGCAAUAGCAAUACCAAUACAAAAUAUAUACAUAUAUGGGAAUAGAUAGAUAGAAAUAGAAGAGCCGGCCAGCAGGUUAUGCAAAUCGCACAGGAAGGGGGCGGUUCGGGUUUUCCGUUCGCCAACUUAAUAACCGAAUCGCCUUAAAAGAAAAGCUAAAACCAAAACCAAAAACCAGCCCAAGGAGUCACAGUCAAAGUCAAGAAAAACUUGUUUUUCCACCGCCAAACAGCGGAAAUUGUCGAGUUAUUAUCGCUUUUUUUUAUUCAACUCUCCUAUUUUUGGUUCGCCUGCCUGUCUUUUAAGCUAAACCAAGUCAGAGACUCAUAAUUGAUACGCAGAAAGAAAGGGGAAAAAUGCGAGAGAUAGACGGAUAGAGAGGUGUGUUCGCUGCGAACCAGUUGGAAAAGUGAUAAUGAAUUCGAGGAAAACUGUGUCACGGAAAACCGAGCAAAAUUCAACUGGAAAACUGAGAAAAAUGCGCCAUUUUUUUUUAAAUUAAAUCAAUUAAAGCCCACUUUUUUUAUACUCCUUAAUGCACUAGAUAACAUUUUUUUUUUUCGAUUGUAAUUAGUUUUACAAACGAGUAACGGGUAUACAAAUUCGUUUUUUGCUAGGACAAUAUGGCAAUUUACUAAUUUUAAUCAUUUGUCAUAAAAUCAAGUAUACGCCCUGUGGGCUUUGCAAAACCAAGUGAGCUGGUUACUCACCCUUUGCAUUUAAUUAUCAUUUAUGAUACAUUCAGACAUUCAGAUCCUCCACAAUCAAUUGAAUUUCGCUUUUUUGGGAAAUACUCAGUAUUUGACACUUUGGCUCAUUGAAAUAAUUGAAUUUGAAACGAUAUCGAAUGUUCGAUCGUCCGCUUGGAUCGCAGUUGCAGUCGACCUUAUAAAGUGGGUUGUGGGUGGGGCUGGGAGGUGGAAGGUGGAAGGUGGGGCAAUGAGUCGGUGGAUGCUGAUGCUGAUUUAAUUAGGCACUCGAAUUGAGACUUUUGCUCAUUUUCAGCACGUACUGAAUCCAACGGCCAACGGCCAAUGGCCAAUGGAAAAUGCAACUGGCUCGCAUUGAGCCCGGUUAUGACCGUCCGACCGAGCACAGUGGUUCAAGGUCUAUUUGCGGCGGUGUAAAUGGCAAAAAACCGGUGGUCUGUGUUUGCUUACAUAUUUUUAGAUUUUUAUUUAAUUAUUCAAUUUGCUCAGGCACUUUUAAGUCGUUGAUUGUUGUUUUAUUUAUUUUGUUUUAGUGUGAAUCGUUUUGAAUCGUUUAAACUACACCCCUUUCAAUUAAUUAGCAAGUAAUUGAAUUGUGAGCUAAGAUACAAGCUCCUUAGUAACUGAUUUUUAUUUGUUAUAUACUUGUUCUGCUUUUGGCAUACCUUCCACAUCAUAUCCCCUUUAUUUAAGUCAAUUUGACCCAGUAUGCGGAAAGUCUGUGCAAUUUUCUGCAACCUGGCGCUUUUGUCUGGAGUCCCAUUGUCAAUAUGCCAGCUAUUGGGUCUCCAGUCGGUGGUCUUCGGUCUUCGGUCUUCGGUCUCCUGGAGUCUCUGGUCUCCGGUCCCUGGUCAUUCACAUUAUCGUUGCAUGUGCCGAGAGGUAACCCCGCAUGGGUGUGUUCGUUCAUCUUUAUUUCUUGUGCGUGCAAAAAUUCAACAAUUGCAGAAAUUGAAACUUUUGCCUCUUGCCGUUGUUGCCGUUGUUGUCGUUGUUGCCACACACAGAAACAUUGAAAGAAAACUUUCAGACAUGAAAAUCGUAAAAAUAAAAUGAAAUAACAUGAAAUGUGCACACGUUUGUCUGUUUCUGUUUUUCUGUUUUUCAGUUUUGCUGCUUUCUGUUUCUGUUUCAGUUUCUGUUUGAGUUGGAGUUUGUGCCCUGCAGACAGCCGCUUAAUAUGCCAAUGCACUUUUUCCGAGGGACGAAGUGCUUUUCCAGAUCCGGAUCCCAUAUAUGUACCCCCUUUCACCUACCCAUUUCACCAAACCCCCCCGUGUGUUCUGACUCACAUUUGUGUUUAUUUAAUCUUUCACCGGCAAAAUUGAUAUGCCCAAGUAAUAAACAAACAUCGCUGUGCGAAAGGAAAAACUAUGAAAAUAACACAAAUUGAAAUUUAUGUUUCAAUAUUUGUUUAAUGUCUCAAGAAGCGGUUUCUUUGUAACAAGUGGCUGUUCGUUCUGCACAACACAAAUCGAUUAAAUUUUAAAGGGCUAGCUGCAUCAGUAGUAGGAGCAUCAGCACUAGGAGCAGCAGCCACAGUAGCCGCAGCCAAAAGUCAGAAAGUUGAGCGUCCCUCUCCAUUUACUCACCCCUUUCCUCAAGCUCUCCUCUCUUUCAACGUCAGAGAUAAUAGUUGGUUGUAGCUCCUGGAAAAUAGCUAGCUCAGGCACUUUCUCCAGUAGGUCGAAAUCACAUUUUUGAUAUCCUCUGCUGCCACAUAAAAUCACUGCACCACUCACUCACAUUUAGUAUUUUUUUUUUAAAAACAUCGAAAAAGUGGUUUGCUUACGUAGGACUUUUGAGAAGCGCAGAGG